AUGGUCACAUAUUCAGCCAAAGAUAUUAUACCUGCUAAACUUUACUUUAAACCGUUGGAUUUCUCUCCAGGCCUAUUUCCUGGUACGUCUUUCGAUCCAAACGCCAUUUAUAUUUUGUUUGGCGGUCUUAGCGGCCUCGGCCGGUCUCUUUUUAUUUUUCUGGUUGAAAAACUUGGCGCUCGCAAACUCGUCUUCCUCUCACGUUUUGGUGCCACGUCGCCAUUAGCUUCUCAACUUCUUAACCACCUCCGGGCGUUAGAAAGUCGCCCUACAAUUGCGGCUUACGUUUGCGAUGUGUCUAACCGCCGGGCUCUGGCGGAAGCAUUUUUAAAAGCGGAGGCGGAAAUGGGUGGAAAGGUCAGCGGCGUUAUCCAAUGCGCCAUAGUUUUGCCUAACUUGUCUAUAUUGCUCCCGGACGUGGACCUUUUUCUAUCCCUAUUUUCCUUCGCCGGCAUUUUCGGAAACCGAGGGCAAGCCAAUUAUACAGUUGGCAAUUGUUACCAAGACGCCCUGGCGAGGCACCGUCGACAGGCCUUGGGCCUAAAAUUAGGAUUUAUCAUCGACGUUCCGAGUAUGCGAGAUAUCGGCGUCCUUGUAAAAACCAAUAUGCUAAAGUUUUUGAGGGAGUGGGACGAAAUCGAGGCCAAGUUUAACAUUAUGGAAAAGACGGACAUGGUGUUUUUGGCUGACUCGCUGGAAAACGGAGCCGCUUUAUCCGACCAAAGGAAGGACAAAAAAUCGAUCCGAGACGUCCUCACCAAGGUCGCGGACCUCGAUAAAGCUACCGAGGUUAUUAUGCAGGCGUUGGUAGAGCGCGUUGCGGAAAUGCAGCGUGUUUUUGUUGAGGAGAUUAACACGAGUCGGUACCUGUAUAGCUACGGUUUGGACUUUCUGGUGGCGAUCGAGGUCGCAAAUUGGGCAUUGAGGGAGGUUGGGAGUAAAAUUAGCGUGUUUGAAAUCAUGGCUGCC